GGGCUUAUUCGUGAUGUAUGUCGACAUCCGCAAUAUAUCAUGAUUCAUUGAUAACGUUCAUGUGAUGUUUGUCCGAAGUCCUCAAGCACGCCCCUUGCAAUCAGAACGACACGGAACACUGACGGGAUCAGGCUUACUAUUAUUGACAGAUGGCGGAAGGUGGCUAUUGGGGUGAUAAAACAGAACCUGAAUGUGUUCCCAAUCAGAGCGGACUUUACGGUCGCCACUCUCAAGUUCAGUGUCAAAACGCCUCAGUAGAGAUCUGCGUUUUGUUGAACUUUCUUGGAUACGGGCCGUGUAUCAGACAGGCACGGAGAGACGCAUACAAGGAGUGGGGCAGGCUGUUUACUGAAUAUGCGAGCGGUAAUGCAACGUGGAUAACGACAGGUAGCAAGGCCGAAGGGCUGACCCGCUUUAUGGAGAGUGACUUGGACAUCACGUUUGUACUAUCACGUAUUAUGUGCAUAGAAGAUGGUGAAUAUUCUGACAUACUGCCAAGGGGGACUAUUGUGUUUAGAUUAAGCACCAUAAUGUGUUACCCGGGACACUGCAGACUGCUACUAGAGCUACCUGCAAUAAUUAACAAAGCAUACAUUUACAAAGCCCUUUGUUAUGAUGAAAAUGGGCGUCCUCUCCUGUGUAGCGACUUAUUUGUUAAUUUAGUAUCGUCUGGAGAACUGAUGCCAUUUGAGGUACGCCACGAACGUGCAGGACCAUCAAUGCCAUGUUCACUUUAUGAUUCAAUUCAUAUAGACCUAGUAUAUUCUCUUCACUGCCAGUGCCCCCGAAUACUGCAAAGAUGGGCUGAACGACGUCGGCAUUGGCCAUCAACCGAUAUCGUUCAAAAAGUUGUAUCAUUAGGGGCAUAUGUUUCUCCGGUAGGAUUCAAAGGGAGUGAGUAUAGACGCGUAGAAUGGAGGAUAUGUUUUAAUACGGGCGAGAAUGAGCUUGUGAGCAAUCUUAAUAACAUACAGGUUUACAUGUAUGUUAUAUUAAAGAUGGUAGUAAAGGAUGUACUGAAGCCUGUCAAGAAAGAAAUUUCAUCAUACACAGUGAAGAACAUAGUAUUAUGGCUAGCAGAGAAAAAUUCACAAACAUUAUUUCAUGAAGGGAGUUUGCUUUACUGGGUUCAUAGAGGACUAGGAAAACUAAAAACUGCUAUUUUAACAGAACGUCUGUCAUAUUACAUGAUACCAAAAAGAAAUCUGAUGGCAGCCUGUGGACUGAAUGGAGAGCAGAAGCGGACCUGGGUAGCAACAAUCAAUGACAUGAUGAACGAAGGUUCAAAGUUAAUACUCAGAUUGCCGAAAAUACGGAGGGCAAUACUAUCACAUCCAGAGCCACUGAUGUGGUAUAGCAUGAAGAGAGUAGAGCUUGAACUGCUAGACCUGAAGAUAAUGAACAGAGAACAGGUAAUGCAUCAGAAUAUGGUUGAUAAUGAGUCGGAUCCGAUGCUGCUGGCUUUAAAUAGACGUAAAGAUGAGAUAUUGAGAGAGGUUCAAGAAAGGAUGGGUUGCGAAGGAUGUCGCGCGAAUGAUCUGGAAGCAAUAUAUAACAUGAUGCUCAUGUAAUUUAGCUGUAAAUGACAGUAAUUCCAUGAAAUAUAGGAAUGCUGAGGACGUAGCCUGGUAUCCGGUCCUACGUUUAAAAUAAAUGAGUGCGUCAUACAUUUUAAUUUAUUGUUAAAUAAGCUUAUAGUGUUCCUUUGUUUUGUUUUUUCACAAUUUCUACCACUAGACAUUUGUUUUACACGUGAUACGUGUGUUUGAGAUAUUUCUAUCUUAAGGAAUACAUAGUAUGUAUCCUAUAUUGUCCAACAUAUUUAGUUCAGUACACGUUGUGAAUACCAGUUGUUAUGCGAAAUAAAUAAUUGACUGCUAACUGGCGUGUAUAAGAGUUCAAAUUGUUGUGUUCUUUAAUCGUAAUUCAUUGAAUUGUGCAGCUGUGUAUUAUUUGAUGUUUCAAGUGGCUUAUAUAGCUAAAAACCUGUCCGUAAAAUAUGAUACGUGUCCAUGUCAUUACGUACUAAUGAAACAUUAAACAAAUCAUGCUUUAUUUCAGAUUAAAGUUAAACAAUUAUUAUUAAUUAAUAUCCAAUCUCAAUGGGUGUUAACUUAUAUUCUCUAUCUAAUAUGUUAAAUUUCAUCAUGCAUGUUUCGUUUUUGUAAGGAGUUUUUUUUGUUAAAAGCAAAAUUGUGAUACCUGUUUGUUUCAUGUUAUGCUUCUAUUCACCAUGCUCCAAGUUCGAUUAAAACGUUUUGCAAUGCCGUUAAAACAUUAAAAUAUGUAAUGUAAAUAUGACUAUUUCUUAGAGCGAUGUAAACCGUCAUCAGGAUCGUAUUAUUGAGAUUGAGUAUUAAAUAUUUGUGUUCAUUGGUGUACAACACAUCUAAAUAAAUUAUAAAAGACACGCACA